UGUCGAUUGAGUGACGAGUCGGUGUCUUCGUGAGGGCGUCGGCGAGUUGGUCGGCUGUACCGACGUGGUGGACGCUCAGGCGGCCGGCUGCGAUGACUUGGCGGAUCCAGUGAUGUCGCACUUCGAUGUGCUUGCUGCGUUCGCUUAUGGCCGUUGUCUCUACGGUGGCAAUGGCGGCAGUGUUGUCACAGUACGUCUUGACUGUCUCUUGUACUGACCCGAGUUCUUGUAGAAGGCCGCACACCCAGAGAAGCUCUUUGGCGAGCUCGACGAGUGCGAUGUACUCGGACUCACAUGUCGACAGGGCCACAAACUUCUGGCGGGCUGAUUUCCACGCGACGGCGCCACCUCCGACAAGGCAGAUAAAUCCAGUGGUGGAGCGCCGGUAGGGCUUUGAAGCCCAGCUGGUGUCAAAGUACCCAACAAGCACGGGCGUUUGGUGCCAACGAGGUAAGGAACGCGCGGGUCGUGCAGAUGGCGGGACAGCCGCUGGACGAUGUCGGGUCAUCAGGUUGCAUGUCAUCGAACCAAAGGUCUUCAUGCUCGGCCACGGCGGGAGUCAUGUGUGGGCACGAGUUGGACAGACCGAACCGCUCGAUAAUCUUUGUCGCGUGGGCCUCCUGGCUCAUACGCAUUGACCCGGUGGAUGGAUCGCGACUGAAUCGGAUUCCCUAGAGGCACGGGUCGAAUUGGCUUGGUGCAAAGCCGAGGGCGGUGAGGGUGGCCAAGCAGUGGUUGUACCAUUCGAGAGCAGCUUGCUUCAGGCCUUAGAGUGCCUUGACCAGCAGCAACUUGCGGUCCUUGCGAAGCAUGGCUUGAACGAAGGCGGUGUCGGCGUCGGCCUCUUGGGCAUGGAAGUCUCGGGCGGUGAUCAAAGCCGUCAACACGCGCACAGUCGUCAUCUUGACUACAGCCGGGCCUUGAAACACACCUCUAGGAGCUAUGCUUCGGCCCAAUUGGCGUGGUCGACCGACGCCAUGGCUUCCUUGUGGCUCUGUGGGACGUUAUCGGGACUAGGGAACGCCGCGCACGGGAUUUCGAGGCCGUCGAACGCCAAUGUGACGGUCUCAUGGUCGGGGGGGAGGCAGUCCUUAGUUUCGUCGGGUGUAUCAUUGGUUUCCUGCGUCGAAACCCAUGCCGCGUGGCCUGCGUCUCGUUCGUCGGAGCUACGGUUUCGAGAGCGUGAGGCCGCCACUUCGUCGGCGGCUCUCGCGAUCCAAGUCGCGAUGUCCUCUGCGGCCGCGGCCUGACGCGCUGGAUUGCGGUGGGAGAAACCUUCAUCAUCGAACCAGCGCAGGACGCGAAGGCUGGAGUGGGGGCGCAGGGAACGGGAUUGGUGAAUUUGCUUUGGAGCGAGGGAAUGCGGAAGUGGCUUGUUGGAGCUACAGCGGCACUUGACGCUUGUUGGCGCGGGGUGUCCAGGAGGAGGGUCAUCCUUGGCGUCUUGACUUGGUGUCGCGGCGUCGCUGCGGGAGUAGUGGAGGGCCUCGUGUGGGCCGACUCAUCGGAGUCGUCGAUCUUGGCCCGUUCGCCGAGAAACUCGGUUUCGUGGAAUCUCACAUGGAAGCCGGUGACGCUCUUGUUGGCGGCGAGGUCAUACAGUUCCAAUGCCUUCACGUUCUUGGAGUACCCGAGGAACACGCACUUGGCGGCCUUCGAGGCAACACAUCCGAAGACCUUCAUGUUGCCGAGCUAUGGUCGGUGGCCCGUGAAUGCUUCGAUGGGGGUAGUGGUGGCCGUGGUGGAGUGGACCACGCGGUUCAAGAUGAAGACGGCCAUGUUGACGGCUUCGGCCCACCAGCGACGGGCGAUGCCAGCGUUGGACAUCAUGGCGAGGGUCAUUUCCAUGAUGGUCCUGUGCGCGCGUUCGGCGACGCUGUUUUGCCAAUGGUUGUCGGGUGAGGAACUCUCAUGAUGAAUUCCUCGGCUCUUUAACUGAGUUCACAUUCUUGCCACAUAAA